CAGUGCCGGCUUUGAUGUGGGCGCGGCGCACCCAGCCGCGCUGAGCGCCCGUCCGGCCGCGCCCCGAGGGGGGAGACCCCGGGCCCCGCAUCCUCAUUGUGCCGGCGCGGGCCCGGACCCGCCCCCGGCCCCCCGCCCCCUCGCCGCCCGCGCGUAGAAAACGCCCCGGCCGCCGCCAGCGGUGGGAGGCGGCGAUGCGCACGGCCGGAGAGACACGGAGGAGGAGACAUGAGCCGGCGGGCGCCCAGACGGAGCGGCCGUGACGCGUUCGCACUGCAGCCGCGCGCCCCAGCCCCGGAGCGCUGACCCCGGCCCCGCCAGCCUCGCGCCCUGGCCGCGGCGCCCCAGCCGCAGCCCCCGCCGUGCAUGCCUCCCCUGGACUGAGCCGGCAGCCCGCGUCCCGCGAACGCCCAGACGGCCCUCCCGCCCGCCUCGGGCCAGCUUCCCCGCACCGGCCGAGCGUCUUCCCGCACCGCGGUCUCCCCGCAGCCCCCGCGCCGGCUCGGAGGGCGCAGCGCUCGGGAGGAGCCGCGCGGGGCGCUGAUGCCGCAGGGCGCGCCGCGGAGCGCCCCGGAGCAGCAGAGUCUGCAGAAGCAGCCGGCGAGGAGGGAGCAGCAGCAGCGGCGGCGGCGGCGGCGGCGGCGGCGGAGGCGCCCGGUCCCGGCCGCGCGGAGCGGACAUGUGCAGGCUGGGCUAGGAGCCGCCGCCUCCCCCCCCGCCCCGCGAUGUAUUCAGCGCCCUCCGCCUGCACUUGCCUGUGUUUACACUUUCUACUGCUGUGCUUCCAGGUUCAGGUGUUGGUGGCUGAGGAGAACGUGGACUUCCGCAUCCAUGUGGAGAACCAGACGCGGGCUCGAGAUGAUGUGAGUCGGAAGCAGCUGCGCUUGUACCAGCUCUACAGCAGGACCAGCGGGAAGCACAUUCAAGUCUUGGGCCGUAGGAUCAGUGCCCGUGGCGAGGACGGGGACAAGUAUGCCCAGCUCCUAGUGGAGACAGAUACCUUUGGGAGUCAAGUCCGGAUCAAGGGCAAGGAGACGGAGUUCUACCUGUGUAUGAACCGAAAAGGCAAGCUCGUGGGGAAGCCUGAUGGCAGCAGCAAGGAGUGCGUGUUCAUUGAGAAGGUUCUGGAAAACAACUACACAGCCCUGAUGUCAGCCAAGUACUCGGGCUGGUACGUGGGCUUCACCAAGAAGGGGCGACCUCGCAAGGGUCCCAAGACCCGGGAGAACCAGCAAGAUGUGCACUUCAUGAAGCGUUACCCCAAGGGGCAGACAGAGCUGCAGAAGCCCUUCAAGUACACCACAGUCACCAAGCGUUCCCGGCGGAUCCGCCCCACUCACCCCGGCUAGGCCUGGCCGCACUCACCCCCAGAGAACUACAUCAGAGGAAUAUUUUUACAUGAAAAAAAAAUAAGGAAGAAUCUCUAUUUUUGUACAUUGUGUUUAAAAGAAGACAAAAACUGAACCUAAAGUCUUUGGGGGGGAGGGGCAAUAGGAUUCCACUGUUGACCUGAACCCCAUGACAAAGUACUCACGCAAGGGGACUGCUGUCAACCCACAGGUGCUUGCCUCUCUCGAGGGGGCAGUCCAAAACUCAUCCCCCAGAGGAGGACUUGAAUGAGAAGACUGACGCUGCGAGAAACCAAAGUCCUUUCCCCAAAGGUUCUAAAAGCAAACAAAACAAAACAAAACAAACAAACCAACAAACAAAAUGAAAAAAAAAAAAAAAGGAAAGUAGAGCCCUUCCUUCACCCUAGUCCCCCUCUCAACUCCUCUUCCUGCCCUAGACUCCAACAAGAAUCGCUCUCUGGUUUGCAGUCAUUUAUUUAUUGUCCACUGCAAGCUGUCCCGCGACACCGCGCAGGGAAGGCGCCCUGAGAAUUCUCCGCGCCUCGACCUUCCGACGACAGACGCCUCGUCCAAUCAUGGUGGCCUGCCUUGCCUGCGGUUCUGGAGGAUGCUGCUAUGGACCUUCCGUGACUCACGUGACCUAGUACACCAAUGAUAAGGGAAUAUUUUAAAACCAGCUAUAUUAUAUAUAUUAUAUAUAUAAGCUAUUUAUUUCACCUCUCUGUAUAUUGCAGUUUCAUGAACCAAGUAUUACUGCCUCAACAAUUAAAAACAACCCACAAAUUAUUUAAAAAAAAAAAA